AAGAGUAGCGUUGAGGACCUUGAGCGACCGGACUCGUUAGGAUCCAUAUAUAGAGCCUCUAAAUCCACUUCUGAGACAUGAGAGUUUUUCCUGCUGGCUAGCUAUCAAGUAAAUAUGAAGCUGCGCUGCUCCAUGCAAUGCUCCCAUGCGGAUGCCCCGGGAUCGUCAAGUUGAACUACGAGCUGGUUCCGAGGCACGUACACGUUGGAACCAUGUAAUAAUCAUGCCAAUCAAUCCGGUCCGAACCCCGCGAUCGACCUUCUCCACCUUGGCCCUCUUCUUUAAACCGGGCGGGUUUUAAGUAGUAUUCCUGCUGCCCGCGAGACGAUCUCUCGACUCGGAGUAUUCACCCAUCUUCUACGACUUGCCACUGUUUGAGAUCUCUAUAUCACGUCAAUUACCUUCGCUCACAAUGGCGACUGUCGAUAUCCCUACGAAGCAAAAGGCCGUUAUCUUCGACCAACCCGGUACCGUCUCGACCAAGGUGGUGGAAAUUGAUGUGCCCGAGCCUGGUGCCGGCCAGGUUCUCAUCAACCUGACUCACUCCGGCGUAUGCCACUCUGACUAUGGAAUCAUGACCAACACCUGGAAAACACUACCAUACCCAACUCAACCAGGUCAGAUUGGAGGUCACGAAGGUGUCGGCAAGAUCGUCAAGCUCGGUGCAGGAACCGAGUCCUCUGGUUUGAAGAUUGGCGAUCGGGUCGGUAUCAAAUGGGUUGCCAGCGCUUGCGGAAACUGCCAGCCCUGUGGAGCGGGAGCCGAUGGACUGUGCUUUAAUCAGAAGGUCUCUGGCUACUACAGCCCGGGAACAUUCCAACAGUAUGCCCUCGGGCCAGCUAACUAUGUGACUCCAAUUCCCGAUGGCCUGGACUCUGCCGAGGCGGCGCCAAUGCUCUGCGCUGGUGUGACGGUCUAUUCAGCCCUGAAGCGUAGUAAUGCCCGCCCUGGCCAGUGGGUAGUCAUCUCCGGCGCUGGAGGUGGCCUUGGCCAUAUUGCAGUACAACUCGCCAGCAAAGGAAUGGGUCUUCGCGUCAUUGGUAUCGACCACGGCAGCAAAGCAGAGCUAGUCAAGGAUUCUGGAGCAGAACACUUUGUCGACAUUACACAGUUCCCCAAGGACGAUAAUGGUGCUGCCCUGCAGGAGCACGUCAAGGCUUUGACGGAGGGAUUAGGCGCCCAUGCCGCGAUCGUAUGUACAGCUGCAAACGCGGCGUAUGCCCAGGCUUUGCCGCUGCUGCGUUUUAAUGGCACACUUGUCUGUGUUGGAAUGCCUGAGCAUGAGCCACAACCUAUUGCGACAGCGUUCCCGACCUCGUUUGUCAAUAAGCAAUACACGGUGACUGGCUCUGCGGUCGGAAAUCGUCUGGAGGCGAUUGAGACGUUGAGGUUUGCUUCCCGUGGCAUUAUUAAGGCUCAUUAUCGGGUUGAGAAGAUGGAUGCUCUUACUUCGGUGUUCGAGGAGAUGGCCGAAGGCAAGCUUCAAGGUCGUGUUGUUCUGGAUUUGUCAGGUUAAAUGAUCUUCCAGGCUGCGACCGGACGUCCAGCUCGUCACUAACACCAUAUCCAAUUGGAGACAAUAUAUAUCUCCCGCGCAUGAGCUACAUUAUCUUCUAUCAAAUGCGACCAUUCAAAGUUAAUUAGCUUCCAGAAUGAUACUACUGGAC